GGUUCCGCGGCUCUUGCCGGGGCUCCCCGCGGUCCCCGGGCGCUCCGCGGGACCGGGAGGGCAAGUCCGGGCGUUGGCGGUGCGGAACCUGCGCGGUGUCGUUCUCAGUGACAGCCGCGGUCAAAUUAGCCGGAGGCGGUUCCCAUCAGGAAAACUGUCUCAGAGUGUUGCCAUGAAGCACCCUGGACCUCCAGAGAGCUCAAGACUUGCCUUCUGCCUGGAAAAUGCCUUGGCCAGGGAGGCUAGGAUUUGGAAAGUGCCAGUUUUCCAGAAUCUCACCCUGAAGGGCACAGAUAUCCCUUUGUCAUGCUACAAGAAAGCGGUUCUCUGGAUUGCAGAAAUAAGCUCUCAGUUCCAGUUUUACCCUGAAACAUUUGCCUUAGCUACCAGCAUCUUUAACCGGUUAUUGGCAUCAGUCAAGGCCCAAUUAAAAUACCUUCAGUGCAUAGCGAUUUCCUGCCUGGUCCUUGCAGCAAAAACCAACGAAGAAGAUGAGGUAAUACCAUCGGUGAAGACGCUCGCAGUACGGAGUGGUUGUAAACGCUCUUCAGCUGAGAUCUUGAGAAUGGAAAGAAUUAUACUAGAUAGGCUUCACUGGGAUCUUUACACAGCAACACCAAUGGAUUUCUUAAACAUCGUAAGCGCUGAGUUUGGCAAAAUUUUUUGCUUUAAAGAAACAGCUCCUUAUCAAAUAAGACUAGAAAAAGCUGCGCACACAUACACACCCCCACACAUCCUUCCUCAGAUGCUUUGCGAACUCCCUGUUCUUAGCUAUCUGCAAGUCUGUUGAAGAAUGGUACGGUGACUUUUUUUAAAUCUAUUUUUUAAAAUUUUCUACUAUUUAAAACCUCUCAUUUUGCUCAAAAAGUUUACUCCCAUCUUUAAAGGGCAACUAAAAUGGACAUUAAAAAGAUUCUCAUAAUGCACAACUAUACGCCAUUUUUAUUUCUUUAAAUACACACUGCAAAAAUAUUUCUAGCUAUUUCCAUUCUAUUAAUACUGUACAUAGAAAGCUGUCAGAGUUUUGCUACAUUUCACACACAGGUUUUUUUUUCCUUAAACCUUUUUCCUUUUUAUCCCAAUAAUUACUCACCCUUGGUUUAGGCAAUGAGACUACCCCGAUCUGGCACUUAGUUCACAUUGCAGUUACUAAACAUUUAUUAGAAACAAUUAAAACUUUGUCUUCAAGAAACGAUCAUGUGCUAGUAAGGCAAAAAUCAUGUGAUACGAACACAUCCUGGAUCCCUUUUUUAAGGUUAUGUGCAAAUAUUAAGCCAUCUUAGGCUGCUGAUUGUGAAAACUGCCUUUUGUAGGUGCUUGUUUCCUCAGUAAAUUCGGAGUGCAGUCAUUACUCUUGGUUUUACUCUAUCUGCUGGCCUGAACUGAAUCUCCUGGAUAGCAAUCUGGAUAACGUAGGAACUUCAGAAGUUGUUAGGAAACACAGACCUUGUACAUUCAUUAUAAGCUCAAAAAAAACCCCAAACAGUUCAGUGAUUGGCAAGUACAAACACAAAACACA